CUGAGAAAGCCACAGAAAACUAUUGCUCCUGCUACUGUUAGCCAAAAGCUUUAUGAGAAACCAUGGAAAGGGUCUAUUAUGAAGAUCGGUACAUCCUAAUACUCAGCUAUCACUUGGUCACCUGGGUCGAUAAAGAACAAAGUAUCUGUACAAUUGGGCCGCAGCAGAGGGUCAAAGCUUUGGUCACCAACUUCAGAAGAGAUGAGCCUCUGACUGUGGAGAAGCUGAACUUCAUAAUUGCGAGGAUCCCAACUCUCUACAGUCAUCUCACAGAUGACCAAUACUAUGUGAUGAAGGACAAUGUACUAGGUGUGGUCAAAGCCAAAGUGAAAGCCAUCCAUAAACCCUAUAUUCCAGCCCAAGGGGACACUGACCAGACAAAAAUGGUCUGGAAGCUCUACACAGGAUCAAACUGUCCAGUGCGCAAACCACCAAGGCCAAACACUGCCCAAACCAACUCAGGGAGGGCUGGUCAACCGGUGGCACCUCCACACAUCCCUCCAGUUGUCCUGGAGAUGCCAUGGCACCCAGAUGGACCAGAGGAGAUGCACUUUGAGUUACCCCAAAUGACAGAGUUCAACCACCAGGUGCUGCCUGACAGCGGGACACGGAUCGAAGAAAUGUACUCCCUGGCCUUGAACAGUGGCGGAGAGGAGAUCCCAGGGCUGUGGAGACUGUCGGGAUACAACCCUGAUCACACUGCCUAUCUGUCUGCGAUUGUGAAAGUCAUGGAGAGGAAAGAGAAGCCAGAAGAACGUUCUUCCUCCCGCAUGCAACAGCCCCCUGCCACGAGGAAAAGGCGAAGGGAGACCGAAGCCCAGGACGAAAAUGAUGAGACUGUUUUUAAAAGAGCUCGCAUUUACAUUUAAAAAUUCAAUUUGAAGUAAGACUAUAAUAAUUUUUUAAUAAUUAUGAAAAUUUGAUAAUAAUUGAAUUCAUCUAACCUUCUAAGAAAAAAACUAUUACAAUUAUUAAC